AUGCAGCAUUCAGGCAGCCUUGGGGAGAAUUCUCCCCUCACGCUCAAACACGCCUCGUUUGAAGACGAGAUCACGUCGAGCAGCACAAAGUCCUCUUCCUCCUCCUGGUCCUCCACUUUCACCGAGGUCCUCCGCAUACCUCGUCUGAUCUGGGACUUUACCGAGAGCAACUUUGCCACAUUCGUCGUUCCCAACACCGCCUUUGGCCUCCUUGGUGGGCUCACCGGCGCGCCCCUGACCUCGGGCCACGCAUCUACGCUCUCCAUCGUCCAGCGCUUCCCUCUGGUGGUGGCCUUCAACUGGUACAGCGUGCUCAUCUUCGACCUGGCCAACCAGAGGGGGCCCGAAUCCGUGGCCGAGGACCUCGCGAACAAGCCUUGGCGGCCCAUACCGGCGGGCAAAGUGACGCCUGAGCAGACUCGAAAGGCCAUGCUCGUGGCCAUACCCGCAGUGCUGGCCCUGAACUACGUGCUGGACGUCUGGAACGAGGGUGUCUUCAUCCUGAUCCUGACAUGGCUGUACAAUGACCUCCGCGGGGGCGACGAGCUCGUCCGGGACGCCAUCAUCGCCGUCGCCUACUUUCUCUUCAACACGGCCUCCCUGAAGAUUGCCAUCAGCGGCGGGGCCGCAACAGGAACAGCAGCAGCAGGGGCAGCAGACGACGUACGCGUACCCAUCACCAUCACCCACGAGGGGUACGCGUGGGCGGGCAUCAUCAGCGCGGCCAUCCUGACGACGAUGCAGGUGCAGGACCUCAAAGACCAGGCCGGCGACCGCGGACGGGGCCGCGCGACGGUGCCCCUAUACUUUGGCGACAGGGUCUCGCGGACGUCGCUCGCGGUGCUGGUCCCCUUCUGGUCGUGCGUGUGCGUCUACGUCUGGCACAUCCGGUCGUCGUGGGCGGUGCUUCUGCCCACGUUGUCGGGAGCCAUGGUCGUCGCGGCGGUGCUGCGGACGCGGACCCCGGAAACGGACGCCAGAGCGUGGAAGCUGUGGUGCCUGUGGACGGUCUGUCUGUAUUCCCUGCCCCUCGUCGGUGACGGUUUCGUGUCGUUGGCGUCGCAGCACGUGGAAUGA